UGCCGCAUCGUUUUUGGGCUAUUUAAGGCACCCACUCCCCACCUUUUCCUUUCUUCCUCCUCAUCCAGCGCGGCUCCACUCAAAGCUUGAGCCUUCCUUUUCUUUUCUUGUUUUUGUUUUAUUUUCUUGGUAGGGGGGAGUCGUCUUCUCCAUCUCUCCUUAGCCUAGGAGAAGGAGAGAUCCAGAGGCAAAAGCUUCAGGGUUUGUACAAAUUCUAGAUCUAACCGGACUAACCAGAAAACAAAACAAAAAAAGACGAAAGCAUGAGCCACUUCGCCGCCGCCAUGAAGAGCCCCCUUGCGGUCGCCGUCGCCGCGCCCGCCGGCGCCGCCGACGCUAAGAGCCCGCUCUUCUGCCCCAAGCCGCGGCGCCCCGCGGCGCCGCUGCGGUGCCAUCAGAGCGGCGGCUUCUCCGACGCCGGCACGGAUCUGCUCGACCUCCUCCUCUCGAAGGGCGACGAGAGCGGCCUGUCGUCGGCGUCCCCGCAGCCGCCGCUGUUCUGCGGCUCGCCGCCGCGGCGAGCGUCGAACCCGGUGGUCCACGACAGCAGGUUCGGCGCGGACUGCCCGCCCAUGCCCGUGCCAGGGCUGCCCGUGCACCGGCCAAGCCCGCGCCCGUCGACGGCGGCGCCGUCCAUGUCGCCGCGCGGGUGUGCCCGCGCGCGGUUCGCGUUCCAGCCCGCCGCGGUCCGCGUCGAGGGUUUUGACUGCCUCGACCGCGGCCGCGGCGGCCGUGGCCAUGGCAUCACCGCCAUGGCCUAGACUGUGCACAUACAACAGCCAGCACCCUGAGACCCUCCUCCCCCGCCCUUCCAUCCAUGGCACGCAAGAGCCACGAGCACCUUGUUGGAGGUAGAAGAAGAGGAGGGGGUAGGGGAGGAAUUGAGAGGGAUCGGUUUGUCCUAAAUCUUACCCCCCUAAAAAGUAAAAAAAAACUAGUACUUUUAUAUAAACCCGUCCCAUCCUUCCACCCCCAACAAUUACAGCGAGUUUAGGUAAUUUUAUCACAGAUCCUUUUUGUAUGUAAAUAAAGUUCGAGGUUCAGAAAUUAUGUAGAAAAAAUGUAGAGGGGAGGAGGAGCAGGGACAAAAGGGCUUAAAAAAGCAGAGAAGGGAUGAUUAAUCAGAGUUUCCUCUCUCAUGUGUCACUGCCCCUCCUCUCUUGAAGGAUUAAUUAGCCAUUGGGUUUAGUGGGUGGGAGGGAGGGAGUUCGGGAAUAGUUAGGUAGUAUGUCCUAGUUCGCCAAUUAAUGAUGCUUUCUUUUUUGGUUUUUGAUGGGGAAUUGUUUUUUCUUUGUUGUCCGUCCGUCCAUGCAACCAAGAAAUUUCAUGGAGAAUCUGUACAAAAGAGUGGCUAGCUACUACACGAGAGUCCGUUCUGAGAGAAGCAACACGAGGUCAGUCAGUGGAUGAGUUUAGAGUGAGACAUUCACACGCUGAGAGGGUUGAUAAUUUGUGAUAUUUUCCUCUUUUUUUUUUCUUCCUGAUUUUGUAUAUUGUAAUAUCCUGCUGGAUUUUCCAAUGAAUGAGUGAAUGAACCAAUCAAUCUUUAUAAUAGUA